GGCACUCAGCCUCCGGGUUGCGCUCUGCCCACCUACACGAGCGGCUGCUGGCCGCGCCACGACGGCGGCGGCGCGUCGACGGACGGCCAAGACGCGACCACGCCAACCGCCGGCCGGCGCGCGAUGCGACGCUCCAAUCUCUCUCUCCGUCGCCUUCCUCCGUUCUGAUUUGCUUCGUCUCCAGGGCACAUCCCGUGCGCGCACCCACCCACCACAAGAUUCGCUCCGAUCUCCAUCUCGGUCUCCGUCCAUGAGUAGCAAGCAGCAGCAGCAGCACACCUCCCCACGACCACUGCCACCACCAUGGCCCUCUGCUCCGGCCCAUCGCUCGCCCGCUCUUAGGCCUUGUCCCGGCCACGCGCGCUCGCCGCCAUGGACGCCCUAGGCGCCGCGCUGGCGCCGCUCGCCCUCGCCGACGCCGCGGCCAAGGACUCGCCGCAGGACCCAGGGUCCGCGUGCGGGAGCCCCUGCUCCGUCGCCAGCGACUGCAGCAGCGUCGCAUCGGCCGACUUCGACGGCCUCCUCUCCCCCUCCGCCGCCUCAUCCUCCGCGGGCCCGCCCUCGCUCGUCUCCGACGACCUGCCCGCGGCCGCCACCGAUUCCAGCCCCGCCUGCGGCAGGAGCGUCUUCGCCCUCGACUCCCCGCCGCGCUGGGGGCUCGAGUCCGUCCAAGGCCGCCGCCCGGAGAUGGAGGACGCCGCCGCCGUCGUCCCGCGCUUCCACCGCAUCCCGCUCUGGAUGGUCGCCGCCGACGCCGACGGCCUCGACCGCGCGUCCUUCCGCCUGCCCGCGCACUUCUUCGCGGUCUACGACGGCCACGGCGGCGCCCAGGUCGCCCACUACUGCCGGGACAGGCUCCACGCCGCGCUCGCCGAGGACCUGCGCCUCGCCGAGGAGCGCGGCGGCGGCGAAGACGACUUCAACUCCCUGGACUCCAAGAAGCGGUGGGAGAAGGCGUUCGUGGACUGCUUCUGCCGCGUCGACGCCGAGGUCGGAGCGCGGCCCGUGGCUCCGGACGCGGUCGGGUCGACGGCGGUGGUCGCAUUGGUCUGCUCGUCGCACAUCAUCGUCGCCAACUGCGGGGACUCGCGAGCCGUGCUCUGCCGGGGCAAGGAGCCAUUGCCUCUGUCUCUGGAUCACAAGCCAAACCGGGAAGACGAGUACGAGAGGAUCGAGGCCCUCGGCGGCAAGGUCAUUCAGUGGAAUGGGUACCGAGUUCUCGGCGUUCUUGCCAUGUCGCGCUCCAUUGGGGACAGAUACCUGAAGCCUUACAUAAUCCCCGUCCCCGAGGUCACACUUGUAGCUCGUGCAAGAGACGACGAGUGCCUCGUCCUCGCGAGCGACGGCCUCUGGGACGUGCUAUCCAACGAAGAGGUCUGUGAUGCUGCCCGCAAGCGGAUUCUGCUGUGGCACAAGAAGAACGCCACCUCGUCGCCCUCCUCCUCCUCCUCCGCUGUCGCCCGAGGAAGCGGUGACGACGGUGGCUCGCCGGACCCUGCCGCACAGGCGGCCGCCGAGUACCUGUCCAAGCUUGCCCUCCAGAAGGGGAGCAAGGACAACAUCACCGUCCUCGUGAUCGACCUCAAGGUGCACAGGCGGUUCAGGAGCAAAAACCUGCCGAUAACAACAGAUGGUAGUGGAUAGGAACUCAAAACCUAACGACAGUAACAGUGGAUAGGCUUUAAGAUAAGAAACAGUAACACCUGCACCUGUGACUACAUAUACCAAGUCUGAUUCAGGAACCUGGGAUUUCAGGGUUCUAGAUCUGAUGAAACAUGACUCUUGUACAUGUAGCAGUAGUACAUAAUUUGGGUUUCUGGCUGUCAA